ACAUCGACAGUGCAACGACCGCAUAAAAACCGAAAUCAACGCCCGAAACAUCAAAAGAUCAGACGACGAGAGCUGUUAGCCGUCUCCCUCGCUUUCUAUCUCAGAUCAAACUUUCUUCAGACGGUUCAAGUGCUGAGUUGAAUAAACACACUCACAAAUUCAAAAUUCCAACAUUUUUUUACUCACCAAGUUAUAAAACCGCACCCAUCAUCUCUCUUUUACUAUGCUUUCAUGUGUAAGGAGAAACGAGUGGGUUUCCUUUUGGGUUCUUGUGUGUGUUCUUGGUGGUUGUUGUUGUUGCUCUUAACAGCAGCAGCCGCUUCUCCUACUUCUUGCAGCGAUGAAGGAUCGUAGGAAACGCGACGUCGUUUCGUGGAGCCGCUUCUUUUGGUGUACUAUCUUCGUUGUUUUCUCUUUCGUUCUCUUCACUGGCUUUAGUUUCUCCACUUUUCGCCUCCGCUUGUUUGGAGAUCAAUUUCAUCCAGAAAUUGUUACUGCAUGGGGACGGCCGGCGUUGCGAGCUAUCUCCGGCGAUUACCCGAUGAAUUCGGCCACUGUUUCAAUUAGAGAAGCCGUUAUGCUACCAGACCAGGUGCUUAUUUUCCUAAAAUACCCUAAAUCAGCUCGCUUAUUUACCAAAGAGGAAUUCGUUUGCGUUUAUUUCUCGGCCGGAUCAUCAUCAUCGUUAUCCCAGCGGCAGUUCAAGCUGCCUCCUAAUCAAAUUGACGGUUAUGAUGUGGAUGACCAGAUGAUACGGUGUCCCCUCAAUCCACGUGGCUUCACGGUUGCGCUUGCUUUGAAAUCUGGUGGUUACAUCAAGCCUGAGCCCACCAAAAGAUGGGACUCACUAGUGUAUGAAGCAAUGAUCGACCGCGAUAACACCACAAUUGUUUUUGUGAAGGGGCUCAAUCUACGGUCAGAUAGGCUGUACAACACAUCAAAGUUCGAUUGCUUGUACGGCUGGGAUUUCAGGUGGCCGAAGUUCUUCUUAAGAUCCAAGGUUAUAUCGAUAGCCCAAGAGAUCGUACGGUGCCAAACGCCUAUUAGCAUAUUGAGCAACCCCUGGAAGGUAAACAAUUCCAUCAAGGUCUCAAUUAGAGUAAAAGGCAAAGAGACAUUACAGUCUAUUGCCCGACUGGGGCUCCAACCAAACCAAGUCCCGGACCCGAGGGCCAAUAAGCCAUAUGAAAUGUGCAUAUGUACAAUGUUGCGCAACCAAGUGAAGUUCCUUAAGGAAUGGGUCAUGUACCAUGCUCAAAUUGGAGUCCAACGUUGGUUCAUUUACGAUAACAAUAGCGAGGAUAAUAUUGAUAGUGUAAUAGAAUCGUUAGUAGAUAGCAAUUUCAACAUUUCAAAGCAUGUGUGGCCUUGGAUUAAGACCCAAGAGGCAGGGUUUGCUCACUGUGCACUACGAGCUCGGACGUCAUGUAAAUGGGUUGGGUUCAUAGACGUAGACGAAUUUUUUCACUUGCCAACUGGGUUGAAUUUGCUUGAUGUACUUAGAAAUCAAUCGGAGUCUAAUGAUAGUAACAUUGCAGAACUACGUAUAUCGUGCCAUUGUUUUGGACCAUCAGGAUUAGAGCAUAUGCCUGUGGAAGGAGUCAUUGUAGGGUACACAUGUCGAAUAAUGGCACCGGAAAGACACAAGAGUAUAGUAAAACCUGACGCAUUGAAUUCCACACUGAUCAAUGUAGUGCACCAUUUUCAUUUGAGAGAUGAGUUUGGGUAUGUGAAUACGGACAGGGCAAUUUUGGUGAUUAACCACUACAAGUAUCAAGUUUGGGAGGUGUUUAAGGAGAAAUUUCAUAUGAGGGUGGCUACAUAUGUAGUGGAUUGGCAAAAUGAUAAGAAUGUUGGGUCCAAGGAUCGUGUCCCAGGAUUGGGGACUAGAGCCGUCGAGCCACCGGAUUGGUCAAGUAGGUUUUGCGAGGUGAAUGACACUGGACUUAGGGAUAGGGUGUUAGAAAAUUUCAGGAACCCAGUAACUAAACUCUUGCCGUGGCAGGAAGAUAGGGGAAAUUUGGAUAUGCAAAAUAGUGAUUUCUCCAGCAGGAGAUUGUAAAGGGUUGUGAUGAUUGUUUUUAUCUUAAUUAGUCUUUUUUAGGUUAGAAAUUAAUUUUUAAAAUUGCAUAAGGUAAAAUAGAUAUUGAAUAAAUUUUGUAUAUAUUUAUGGAGUGGAGUGUGCGUGAAUAGACAUUAUAAAACUAAAAAACUUUAUUAAAAUUG